CCUCUGCCUGCAAGAAAGCAAUGGAGAAAUCCCGACCCUUAUGGGACAAUCCCCUGCAGUUUGUUUUUGCCUGCAUUUCCUAUGCUGUGGGGCUGGGAAAUGUGUGGAGGUUUCCAUACUUAUGUCAGAUGUACGGAGGAGGCGGCUUUUUGAUCCCAUACCUUAUCAUGCUGAUUGCCGAGGGCAUGCCGCUGCUGUACUUGGAGCUGGCCGUGGGGCAGCGUAUGCGGCAGGGCAGCAUCGGCGCCUGGAAAAUAAUAAGUCCCUACCUUUGCGGUGUUGGAGUUGCCAGUGUUGUCGUCUCCUUCUUCCUCUCCAUGUACUACAAUGUGAUAAAUGCCUGGGCCUUCUGGUACCUCUUCCACUCCUUCCAGGACCCCCUGCCAUGGGCCACCUGCCCCCUCAACAGCAACCGCACGGGCUACGAGGAGGAGUGUGAGAAGACAUCGUCCACGCAGUACUUCUGGUACCGGCAGACCCUGAACAUCUCCCCGUCGCUGGAGGCCAGCGGCAGCGUGCAGUGGGAGCAGGCGCUGUGCCUGACGCUGGCCUGGCUCGUGGUUUACCUCUGCAUCCUCCGCGGCACCGCCUCCACCGGCAAGGUCGUCUAUGUAACAGCCUCUUUGCCAUACUGUGUUCUCAUCAUAUACCUCAUCAGAGGAUUAACACUUCAUGGAGCUGUGAAUGGGCUCGUCUACAUGUUCACACCAAAGCUGGAGCAGUUGUCAAACCCCAAGACCUGGAUCAGCGCUGCCACACAGAUCUUCUUCUCACUGGGCCUUGGCUUCGGCAGCCUCAUUGCCUUUGCCAGCUACAACGAACCCAGCAACAACUGCCAGAGACACGCCAUCAUCGUGUCCCUCAUCAACAGCACCACCUCCAUAUUUGCCAGCAUCGUCACUUUCUCCAUCUACGGCUUCAAGGCAACCUUUAACUAUGAGAGCUGUAUCAACAAGGUGAUCCUGCUGCUGCUGAAUGCUUUUGACCUGGAGGAAGGCUCUUUAACAGCAGACAAUCUCAGUGAGAUGAAAGAUUACCUCAUGGCCACCUACCCACAGGAAUAUGCCCAAUUAGUGCCACAGAUUAAAAACUGCAGCUUGGAAGCUGAGCUAGACACGGCUGUCCAGGGGACAGGACUGGCAUUUAUAGUCUAUUCGGAAGCGAUCAAAAACAUGGAGGUGCCCCAGCUGUACUCUGUGCUCUACUUCUUUAUGCUGCUGAUGCUGGGCAUUGGCAGCAUGCUGGGGAACACGGCUGCCAUCCUCACGCCACUGACCGACAGCAGGGUCAUUGCCUCCCGCUUUCCCAAGGAGGUCAUCUCAGGUGUUGUGUGUUUUAUGAAUUGUAUAAUUGGCCUGAUCUUCACCAUGGAGGCUGGAAAUUACUGGUUUGACAUCUUCAACGACUACGCAGCCACCCUCUCGCUGCUGCUCAUCGUGCUGGUGGAAACCAUUGCUGUGUGUUACAUCUAUGGGAUAAGGAGAUUUGAGAAAGAUCUUUAUACCAUGAUUGGAUGCAAGCCAAACUGGUAUUGGAAAAUUAUGUGGGCUUUUGUUAGUCCACUGCUUAUUAUAAGCCUAUUUAUUUUUUACCUCACCGACUAUAUCCUCACAGGAACAUUGCAAUACCAAGCAUGGGAUGCCACACAGGGGCAGCUGGUGACCAAGGAUUACCCAGGCUAUGCCCUGGCAGUGAUCGGGCUGCUCGUGGCAUCAUCCACCAUGUGCAUACCCCUGGGAGCACUAGUGACUUUUAUAAGGAAGAGACUGAAGAGGGAACGAGUUUCAACUGUUGCAUGAAAGCUGACAGCUGGAUUUGGGAAGACCUUACCCCCGUCACCAGUGACUGGGCACUUCUGGAAGACAGCAGCAACCAUUAUUUGUAGCAGCUACUUAUAGAGUU